AUGACUACCAUGGCAGCUGCGAGGCAACCCUUUGCUCCACUGGAGGGAUCACGCUUGCAGAACCUCACGAGUCUCAAGAAUCGUCAGAAUGCAUUGCCCUCCCUCAACACGCCAGUCAAACGUAAAGCAGCGAUAUUCGAAGACGAUGCUGAGAAUGUCGAUCCCGUCAUCUUCCUCUCUCCCAAACGCUCCAAGUGUCCCGACAGCAGCAGUAGCAAAGAUUCUGCCGUAAAACCCGUCAACUACCUUCUUACCAAAGCCACAACACCAUUAUCCAGCGGCUUCUCUUCCCUGACACCCACUGCCUCUGCACGUCGACCAGCUUCCACCGCCCGCUACCCAGCGCCCAGAAUUAACACGGAAAUCUCGAAGCCAUCUCCCCUCUCCGCGCCUGCUGGUCGUUCUCCAACUCGUAAACGCAUUGGCAUUCUUAAUCGCCGACGAACAGGCUCGCCCUUCGCCCACAUCGACCCUCCCAAGUUCGGUGCAUCUAAUGGUCUAAGGUUCAGCAUUGAUGCUGCCCUAUCUGGCACCAUCCCCGGAUACGGGGCCCGUCGACGCCAAACCUCCGCCGCCUCAGCCAGAGAAAAGAAGCUGCCAGUCUCCCUCCACCAGCCCGAGAGCAAGCGCUCCUGGUUCUUCGACAUCCACGAAGAUACAGAUGAGGAAUUGGCCACAAAUCUCAUGGAGCACUCUACCUGCACCCUGGAUAUCAGCAGCGAUGAAGAAAGUCGCCUGGCACGCAUGAAUGACGAGCGUGGCAAAGAGAAUGUGCCUCCUCUAGACGACAUCUCUCAAACGCGUACGAACCUCUCUGGGCCCACUCAAUCCGAGUUCUCAAUAGCAGACGUUAAAGCAAACGUCCACGCCGCGCGACACCAGCGCCAACUGGAAGAGGGCGCGAUUGAGAUUGACCGUCGCCCGCUCAGUGAGAUGGCCGCCGAGGACUUCUAUGGCGAGGGAUGUGAUGGCGAUUCGGUGGUCAUUAUCCCUGCCGAUCCCUCCGAGGAAGAGGAAUCCGGGGAGCGGGAACAGCCGCCUGUGCCCACCACAGUCGGCUUCUCUGCGGAGGCUAAGGGCAAGGGCAAAGAAAUUGAGCUGGACGUCGACCAGUUGAUGCAGAGAGAUGUCUUUAACGCUGGGCCAAAGGCGGCGCUGCUGCAGCCGAUCGAGAAGGCCGAGGUGGGAUUCCAGGUCUGGGAGAGUGAGAGUGCGAAGGGUGACGAGUAG